CCACGCCUUGCCUUGCUUUGCGCUUCAUCCGUCGACAUAUUGUCAUUCGGCGCCUGGCGUAUCACUUCUGGCUUUGGGUCCAGGCGGAACGAGCAUCGUGACUGCCAGCUGAGGUCUGGCUGCCGCUGCCUCUGGACGCCCUAGUUUUGACAGUUUUUGACACUGUCUUCCUCUCCUUCUCCACACCUCCACCUUGCCCAUCGACGACGGCUAGAUCAACGCUUUUCGACGGACUGGCUGCGCUCUGCCUGUCUAUGUUUCUUGCAUGAGGAUGGCGACCGACGCAAAACGCCAGAAUGCAGGAGCAAAAGUACCGGUCGCGUUGCCAAAGGGUGAACCUGCACAGCCAGCUGCGUCGUCCGUCCCUCUAGACAUCAGUCUGCAACAAGCGAUCGGAAGCAGGAUACGCGUCAUUACUACUGGGCCCAACCAGGCAUCUGUGGAAGGCGUUGUCUACACAGCUGAUCCCUUGACCAGCCUUCUUGUCCUUAACACCAGCCCAGCACCACCAACCAACGUUAACUCGGCCUCCUUGGUAGCGCCUUCAGGUGCCUAUCGGCUCAUUCCCAUAUCACAAAUUAGCAGCUUCCAGCUUCUUUCACUGCCACCCCAGCCAACCGAAACUACAAAUCCGGUGCUGAAUGCGAUUGAUAUCAAUGCAGUGCAAGCCCGACUAGCAAGAAACAUCUCGUCACAACAAGCCGCGCAGGCACGUCUGGGGCCAAAGGGAACGACUCCUACAGACCAGGCGCUUUUUGAUGCUCUGUCAAGAACACACCCAGCUCGAUGGGUGGGUAAUAACAUGCUCAUCUCAGACACAUAUCUAAUUGAGAAGCCAUACACUGCUGCAAAUGUCCGGCUAGUUGAAGGAAGGCACGGGGACCUCGAUCGGAUGAGAAAAGUAGUGGACAUGGAGCGGUCAAAAGUCACACUGAAGCUGUCAAAGAACCUGAUCGACGGGAAAAUGGCCGCAGACAACGCGAGCGGAAAAGGCAUGGCAGCAGGCAUCAAAAAAGGCGGUUGACCAUGCUUUCAGUCCAACAUAUCGGAAGCAAUCGGCCCAAACAUGAUGCUAGUAAUCUGCAUCCACAACUCGGGGCAGCACUGAAGUGGCCGGAAUCUUGGUACCAUCAGAAGAACAGGACGUCACUCCAUUUGGGGAUUGACCUAGGAUACCGGUCAGUGCGCCCAAUCUCUUCUGAGGAUAGGCUGCCAAGGUUCUGUCUCCCAGUGGUGUCACACCCUCCAGAGAGGCACAUUGUAUGAGGCUCACAGGUCGGGUGAAGACUGACCAUGGGGUUUCUUACCUGGCCUGCGUCUCCGCCAUGUAUUCGGUGGUGAAUAGGUGCAAAGAGGAAGCAAGUUGGCGAACAAUAAACAUACGUUGACCCGAAACGCACCAACACCUUCCCUCUAGUAAGUGUCUUGCUCUUCCGUGGCUUGUUCGAUUAUG